CCCCGCCGCGGCUCGGCACCCCCGGGGCGGUCCCAUCGCGUCGCACCUUUCUCCCCAUCCCCACCCGGCCCGAUCCCGUGCCACGCGGUCCCCACGCUGUCCCGUGCUGGUCCCCAUCCCGUCCCAUCCCCAUCCCGCCCUUUCCCUGUCCCAUCUUCUCCCGAUCCUGCUCCCAUCUCGUCCUGAUCCCCACCCUGUCCCCGUCUCACUCCCCCACACGUUCUACCCUACCCCUAUGCCAUCCCCCCCCCCCCCCCCAUGAUAUCCUCUUCCCACCUCAUCCCACCCCAUUCCCAUCCCACCCUGUCCCCACUCCAUCCAAUUCUGAUCCCAUCGCCUCCCCGUCCCAUUCCAAUCCAAUGUUGUUCCCAUCCCACCCUACCCUGAUCCCCUCCUCCCCGUCACAUCCCAUCUCCACCCCCAAUCCCAAUGCUAUCCCACCCUGCCCUGCCCCAUACCACACCACCUUGAUCCCAUCCCACCUUACACCACCCUAUCCCCCCAUCCUGUUCCCAUUCCACCCUGCCUCCCUGCCCACAUCCCCCAGCUCCCUGCCCUAGGGGGGGAUCCCCCCAUCUCCCUGCUCGCCAGGAGGGGCAGGCCUGGCACACCCUCCCCAGCGCACCACCCUCCCACCCCACCAGCUGCAGCUGGGACGGGUGCUUCAUCCCACCCACCUGGGGGCACUUAAGAGCCAGGAGCGGCCCGGGGGGCGCCUGUGCUGGGCAGGAUGGCUACAGGGGAGCAGAAGAGGCAAGAGGAGCGGCGGCGGCGGAGGGCUCAGAAGCAAGAGCUGCUCCUGGCAGAGAGCCUGGGCAAGCACCCCCUGCAGAACAGGUGGGCACUGUGGUUCUUCAAGAAUGACAAGAGCAAGAUGUGGCAGGCAAACUUGCGCCUUGUCACCAAGUUCAGCACUGUGGAGGACUUUUGGGCGCUGUACAACCACAUCCAGCUCGCUAGCAAGCUCACCUCUGGCUGCGACUACUCCCUUUUCAAGGAUGGCAUCGAGCCCAUGUGGGAGGACAACCAGAACAAGCGUGGUGGGCGCUGGCUCAUCACCCUGGCCAAGCAGCAGCGGCACACCGAGCUGGACCGGUUUUGGCUGGAGACAGUGAGUGCAGCCCCACUCAGGCUGGCCUGCGGGGUCUUUCCCCCUGCUACAGUGCCAAGCCUUAGCAGGGACUGUCCUGGGCUCCCCUUCUCCUCCCGACAGCUUCUGUGCCUCAUUGGGGAGAUGUUUGAUGAAUACAGCAACGAGGUGUGCGGGGCUGUCAUCAACAUACGUGCCAAGGGGGACAAGAUCGCCAUCUGGACCCGGGAAGCGGAGAACCGGGAAGGGGUCACCCACAUUGGGCGUGUCUACAAGGAGCACCUGGGCCUGUCACAGAAGGUGGCCAUUGGGUACCAGGCCCACGCGGACACGGCCACCAAGAGUGGCUCCCUCACCAAGACCAAGUUUGUGGUGUGACUGUGGGGGGAGCGGGGUGCUGACUGCAGGGUCCCCCUGUCCUGUCCCACAAUGAAUGGAUGCA